UCGGUUGUGCUAGUAAAUUAUUGUCAAAGUAGGAUUUGCUUCACUUCGAAUAUUAAGAUGUAUUAUAGUAUAUAUAUUUAUAAGUUCUGAACGAAUCAAAAUUACUAACAAAAAAUUAAUUCUGGCGACCGGCGUUAAAAGUGAAUUACCGUUAUUAAUUGAGACCGAAUAUGUCGGAAACAAUUGCAAAGGUCAUCUACGGCACCGUCCUGCUGGCGAUGAUAUUGCAAACGCCUAGGGUGUCCAUUGUAAUCACAUACGACCCAAACCGCUCUUAUCACUUCAAUGCCGGGAUCAACGGUAUCCGGUCGAGUUUUCUGGUCGCCGCACUCUUCACUAUGAUGGCCGUGCUGCCCGUUCGUGAGUUCAAUGGAUUCAUUAAGCCAGGCAAGAAACUGUUCCUGAUGCUAAUCUUUCCGUGGGUGUCCACCUGUUGUAUGAUGUUUGUCUCCAACUCAGUGCUGCUGCUGAGGAUUACGGAACGAACGCUAGUUCACAAUUCCUGGAACUGUUUCGCCAAAGCUCUGCUGGCCUACUGCGCUCUCUUCGGAUUCGCUACAGAGCUGAUGCUGCACUGGUACUCCAUCUAUCAAUACCAUAACUGGCAACACGCCAUCCACGAAAAGUCCCCAGCUUUAUAAACCUGACCCUGCUGCGACUGAUGCCUCCAAUGACACUAGCGACAUUACUUGAUCAACAUUGUUAAUGAUAAAAAUCCCAUUCACACGCAUAUACUACACGAUCCUAAUUAUAAAUGUCUUCAACUGCUACUGCUGAAAAUAAAAUGCUGUCGAAAUUAA